GAAGAGGAAGAAGAAGAAGAAGAAGAAGAAGAGACAUGUGUUAACGGCAUCUUCUAUGAGUCAACCAAGAAAAAGGAAGAAGAAGAAGAAGCAGAAGAAGAGGAAGAAGAAAUAAAGAUACUUUGAAGUUCUCUUACUUUCUCAAGUCCUAUCAGGGAUUUGAUUGUACACUCAUUUCCUUGGGAGUUUGCUCCAGAGAGCGUCUGGGAUCACGAGCUUGGUGUGACUUGAAUUGACUGUAAAAACACCUAGAUGAUGGGUCUUUUUCAUUUUCCUCUGAGAAUCCUACUCUGCUUCUGAUUCUAGGGUUCUGUCUCAGUUCUGCUACUUCAUCUUCGUUUUUCCCUGGAAUGGAGCAUUCAAAGUUCUUGCCUCUGCUCUUUCUUUCAUGGGUUAUGUUCUUUCAAAGCACCCAUCAACUUCAGAACUCUCAGACCCAGGUCCUGUAUCAGCUCAGGAAGCAUCUGGAAUUCCCUAAAGCUCUGGAAUCUUGGGGAACUUACUAUGGAGACUUAUGUGUAAUCCCUGCAACUGCUCAUAUGAGCAUCACCUGUCAAGGUAAUUCCAUCACGGAGCUUAAAGUCAUGGGGGACAAGCUUUCUAAACCAGUUGGUAUGUUUGAUGGGUCUUCACUUCCAAAUCACACUCUGUCUCAAGCAUUCAUUAUUGACUCUUUUGUUACCACUUUGACAAGGCUUGCAAGCUUGAGGGUUCUUAGCUUAGUGUCUCUAGGUAUCUAUGGUGAGCUCCCAGGAAAGAUCCAUCGGUUGAAUUCUCUAGAGUACUUGGAUUUGAGUUCAAAUUAUCUGUUUGGUUCUGUCCCUCCUGACUUAUCUAGAUUGGUUAUGCUUCAAAGUCUGAUGCUUGAUGGAAAUUACUUCAACGGCAGUGUUCCAGACACGUUGGAUUCCUUGACCAAUCUUACUCUGCUUAGUUUAAAGAACAAUCGGUUCAAAGGUCCAUUUCCUUCUUCAAUUUGCAGAAUUGGAAGACUAACAAAUCUUGCUCUAUCACACAAUGAGAUUUCUGGUAAGUUGCCUGAUCUCAGCAAGUUAAUUCAUCUGCAUAUGCUGGAUCUGAGAGAGAACCACUUGGAUUCUGAACUACCUGUCAUGCCUAAUAGAUUAGUUACUGUUCUACUGAGUAAGAACUCCUUCUCUGGCGAAAUUCCCAGAGGUUUUGGCGGUUUGUCUCAGCUUCAGCAUCUUGACUUGUCAUUCAAUCAUUUAACUGGAACUCCAUCUCGGUUCCUAUUCUCUUUGCCAAACAUUAGUUACUUGGACUUGGCAUCUAACAAGCUCAGUGGGAAGCUACCGCUUAACCUGACCUGUGGAGGCAAACUCGGAUUUGUUGAUUUGUCCAAUAACAGAUUAAUAGGGAGCCCUCCCCGUUGCUUGGCAGGAGCUUCUGGUGAGCGAGUUGUUAAACUCGGUGGAAAUUGCUUGUUUAUAACUGGCAGUCUUGAUCAGCAUCAAGAAUUCUUAUGUGAAGAGGCUGAAACUGAGGGAAAACAGUUCCAAGGAAGAAAGAUUGGGAUUUUGAUUGCUGUAAUUGGUGGAGCUGUUCUUGUUCUUGUGUUUUUUGUAUUAGGACUCCUUCUGUUAUGCACAAAUCGCUGCUCUUGCUGUUGUUCAAGGGAAAAGUCAGUGCCGCAAACUCGGCUCAAGGUUGUGACGGAUAAUUCACACACCAGUCUCUCCUCUGAAGUUCUUGCUAGUGCAAGGUUAAUCUCUCAAACAGCAAAACUAGGUGCACAAGGUGUUCCCUCAUGCCGGUCAUUUUCUUUUGAAGAGUUAAAGGAAGCCACAGACGAUUUUGAUUCAUCACGUUUCUUAGGUGAAGGCUCCCUUGGAAAGCUUUACAGAGGAACACUGGAAAAUGGAGGUUCCAUAGCUAUCAGAUGUCUUGUUUUAUCAAGGAAAUUCUCCAGCCAGAGUAUCAGAGGUCACUUAGAUUGGAUGUCUAAGCUUAACCAUCCUCAUCUCCUUAGCUUUUUGGGUCAUUGCACUCAAACCAGCGGUGAACAUGAUCCUGCAGCGACCAUACUCUACCUUGUAUACGAGUAUAUGCCCAGCGGGAGUUAUCGCACACAUCUAUCAGAAUCUUUCUCGGAGAAGAUCCUGACAUGGCCAAAUCGGCUAGCAAUUCUCAUUGAGAUAGCAAAGGCAGUUCAUUUUCUUCACACUGGUGUAAUGCCUGGUUCCUUCAAUAAUCAUCUGAAGACAAACAACAUUUUGCUUGAUGAACACAACAUUGCAAAACUCAGUGACUAUGGAGUCUCUGCCAUCAUCGAAGAGAACGAAAAGCUCGAGACAAAGUCAGAAAACCACAAGUCAAAAAAAAUGGCUAAAAGAGAGGACGAUGUGUACAACUUCGGAUUCAUACUCCUGGAAUCUUUGAUAGGACCAGUGCUCACUACAAAAGGAGAGGCCUUUCUUCUCAACGAAAUGACAUCAUUUGGGAGCCAAGACGGUCGGCAGAAAAUAGUAAGUCCAACUGUCCUAACAACAAGCUCGCAGGAGUCUUUAUCGAUUGCGAUCUCAAUUGCCAACAAAUGCGUUUUGCUUGAACCGUCGGCAAGACCUUCAUUUGAAGACGUUCUGUGGAACUUGCAAUACGCAGCUCAAAUGCAGUCUGCCGCAGAUGCUGAACGCAAAUCUGAUACUUCCUCGUGAAACUCAAGGCUAAUCGAAUGAUUGAUAGUUUUUUUUCGGUUUUUAAAUGUAAAGUUUGACAAGUUUGGUUUUACAGUAUAAAAAUGUAAAGACUCUUGCUAGUAAAAAUCAUCGCUUCUUUUCUUCUC